AUGGCCAUCGCAGGCCGCCAGAAGCCGAGCUCCGACGCGCGGCUCUUCACGCUCUGUCCCUUCUGGAGUUCGCGGAACGGUUUGUUGUCUUCGAACCAUUCAGAAGCGAACGUUCAAAGGUCAUCCAAAACGAUGUCGUCCGUGGCCAGGUCGCUGCUCCCUCCACGCCGGAGACUUCGUCUCGAUCCUUCCAGAUAUCUCUACUUUCCAUAUGAACCGGGGAAGCAGGUGAGGAGCGCGGUUCGGUUGAAAAACACGAGCAAGUCUCACGUUGCUUUCAAGUUUCAAACUACGGCGCCAAAAAGUUGUUACAUGCGGCCUCCGGGUGGAAUUCUCGCUCCUGGGGAAAGUUUGAUUGCUACUGUGUUCAAGUUUGUGGAACAACCUGAGAACAAUGAAAAGUUGUCGGAUCAGAAGUACAAGGUCAAGUUCAAAAUCAUGAGCCUCAAAGUGAAAGAAGGCGUGGACUAUGUACCUGAGCUGUUUGAUGAACAAAAGGAUCUAGUGACAGUGGAACGAAUAUUGAGGGUUGUGUUUAUAGAUCCAGAACGGCAGAGUCCCGAUUUGGAAAAACUGAAAAGACAGUUGGCUGAAGCUGAUGCUGCAGUUGAAGCUCGGAAGAAGCCUCCUGCGGAGGCAGGUCCUCGUGUUGUUGCUGAAGGGCUUGUAAUUGAUGAAUGGAAAGAGAGAAGGGAGAAGUAUCUGGCCCGGCAACAAGUUCAAGCAGUAGAUUCAGUCUAA